AUGUCGAAUGAUGAAAAAUUCACAAAUAUCUAUGUUGGCAACCCGAUAGAAAUCAGGUCGAAUGAGAUAAUAGAGCAACAACCUCGUUCAUUAACACCUCUUUCACGUGUAGUAACCUCGAAUCAUAGUCUUCCAGAAUUACGAAUUCAAACAGCGACAUCGUCACCUUCGAAUUUGGUAGAAGAGAAAGUAUCAAUGGAUAGAAAAGGAUCACUUGUUGAAGAGGAUGUUUGUUUUCCGGGAAAUUCUUUAAACGAAUCAGAAGGAAUUGAUUAUCAAGCAUUGGAUGAAUACCUUCAGGAGACAAGGUUAGCGCGGAAAGAGGGAUCUUCCGAGGAAGAUUUUCGAUUGACGUCGCCUAUACAGAAAGUUCCCGCGUCUAAUUAUCAGGGUAAACUUGGAAGAAAAUUAAGUUUUUAUAGUGAUCGUAUCAAGCCAGCUAAUGAGGAUUUGAAGGAACAUUUGCGAUAUACGUUCUAUUCGAUAACGACUGGCUCAAUACGAGCGCAUUCAUUAUGUGAUAUUGCGCCUAAAGGAACAACUUUAAGUGAACUAUUAAAAAAAGGGGUAUUUUGGCUUGAUAUAUUGAAACCUACAGAAUCCGAAAUGCGAAUUUUAAGCAGAAUAUUCCAUAUUCAUCCGUUAACUAUUGAAGACAUAUUUACCGAAGAAUCCCGAGAGAAAUGCGAACUUUUUAAAAAUUAUUAUUUUAUUUGUUUUCGAACGGUAAACUUUAAUAAUCUAAACUCGGAUGAUUUGGAGCCAUUAAGCAUGUAUAAUGUUGUACUGAGGGAAGGAAUUUUGUCGUUUCAUUUCGAGCAUGCACCGCAUGCACGAAAUGUCAGACAUAGAAUUAAACAGUUAAAAGACUUCAUCAAAGUUACUCCAGAUUGGAUAAACUAUGCAAUUAUGGACGACAUAACCGAUUCAAUCGCACCCAUUAUUCAAAGCAUCGAAGCGGAAACAGAGACUGUCGAUCAAUUGGUAAUGAUUCUCAAAGAAUCCGAGCAAUCAGACAUGUUACGAAGAAUAGGGAAUUGCAAAAGAAAAGUACUUGUGUUGCUUCGGUUAUUGUCGUCUAAAGCGGAUGUAAUUAGAGGUCUGAUGAAACGAUGCGAGGAUCGAUUAUUGUUAUCGGCGGCUGGUGAAAAGAAUGGACUCGGUGAUGUGAGUCUUUAUCUUGGAGACGUUCAAGAUCAUAUAAUCACUAUGCUUCAGAAUCUCGUUCAUUGUGAGAAAAUAUUGGAUCGAUCUCAUACAAAUUAUUUGGCGCAGAUUUCUAUCGAAAUAACAAAACUUAGCAACCUUACAAAUGAUGCAAUUGGGAAAUUGACGGUUUUUGCGACAAUUAUUGUUCCGUUAAAUUUAGUACCAGGCUUUUGGGGAAUGAAUGUCAAGGUUCCUGGAAGAGAUGAAGACGAUUACGUAUGGUUUUUUUGGAUUGUCGGAUCCUUGGCAUUUUGUGGCAUUUUUGCGGCAAUGGUGGCAAAACGAUACGGAUUUUUAUAA